AGUGGGAGGGAGAGUGUUUUGGGAGUCUGCUAGGGGACCUGACAGAAUACAGGGAGAAACUAUCCCACUAGCUGAUAUACUGUAGCUGCUCCACACACACUGCUAGACACAGACAGAGAGAGAAGGAGAGAGGUGGAGGCAGAGACAGAGGAAGAGACAGCUGUGGAGUGAGAUAGAGAGAAUUGCAGGAAGAGACCAAGAGAGAGAUAGAGAGAUUUAGAAUUUGACAGACAGAGAAUUAGACAGAGGGAAAGGAGGCACACACAGCACUCACCCUCCACUGACCCCUCGUCUUACCCUCGACUCACCCCUUAUCUCCCCACUUACAACAACCUGAGGCAGAGACACACAGCUCUACCAGCGCAGAGAUGAGAUGACUGGACACACACUAACACACACAUUUUCUCUCUGUUGAAAGAAGACCAGAAUACACACUUUCUUUUUGUUUUCUGUCUUCAGCUCCUGCUCUCGUUCUUGGCCAGGAAAAAAAGGAUUACAGUUUAUUUCUUCAGCACUUUAUUCUCCAAAAGCCCCGAGUCACGUUGGACAAUUUGGAUAAGUUCCUCUUUUCUUUCUCCCUCCAAGAGCACAGAGCAACAUGGCACAGGGACAAAAGAACCACAGCAACAGCAGGCAACAGCGGGCACAACUACUCACUAACCCCUUCUCCACCAUGGCACUGUCCCUCUCCAUGUCCUUCUUCCUCCUCCUCCUCUUCCUCACCUCCCCUGCCUCGACCGCCGAUGAAUACGACUACGACAGCUGGCAAUCAGACAACUUCCACAACGGUCGUUUCUACACAAAGCAGCCGCAGUGUGUGGACAUCCCCUCCGAUUUACGCCUCUGUCACAACGUGGGCUACAAGAAGAUGCGCCUCCCCAACCUGCUGGACCACGAGACCAUGCCGGAGGUCAAACAGCAGGCGGGUAGCUGGGUGCCGCUCCUCGCCAAGCGGUGCCACGCAGAUACACAGGUGUUCCUGUGUUCCCUUUUCGCUCCGGUGUGUCUGGACAGGCCCAUCUACCCGUGUCGCUCGCUGUGUGAGGCCGUGAGGGAUAGCUGUGCCCCAGUUAUGGAAACCUACGGGUUCCCUUGGCCAGAGAUGUUGACCUGUGAUAAGUUUCCUAUUGAUAAUGAUCUGUGUAUCCCCAUGCAGUUUGCUGGGAACCAGGCCACCCCGGCUCCAGCAUCUAAAGCCUGCCCUCCAUGUGACAACGAACUGAAAGCUGACACCAUUAUGGAACAUUACUGUGCCAGUGACUUUGCUAUCAAGAUGAAGAUCAAAGAAGUGAAGAAAGAGAAGGGCGACCGUAAACUCAUCGCUGCCCAGAAGAAGAAGAAGGUGCUCAAGAUGGGUGUCCUGCGUAAGAAGGACUUGAAGAAGCUGACACUGUACAUAAAGAACGGAGCCAACUGCCCCUGUGCUCAGCUCGACAGUCUUGGCAGUAACUUCCUCAUCAUGGGUCGUAAGGUGGACCAGCAGCUGCUGCUCAUGUCCAUCCACAAAUGGGAGAAGAAAAGCAAGGAGUUGAAGUUCGCCAUCAAGUAUAUGAAGAGUCAUCAGUGUCCCACCUAUCAUACUGUCUUCCAGUGACCUUAGUGAUACAACAAUCACAACCCUACUCCCAGUCUUCCCCAGUUGUCCCCCCCUCUCCCGUCUAUCCUUCCAUUGUCCUACCUAUCAUACUGUUUUGCUGUGACACUGUGGAGAUGUAUCCUUCAUAUCCAGUGGUUUUGUGAUGCCUGUAGAAGUGGGUAUACUCUAAUUCUGCCAAAAAUAUUCCCAAAUGGCCCGUCAAAGGAAAGGCAAAAAAUAUAUAUAUUUUCCUAUAGUUUUUCUGUAUUUUACUAUAGAUUUUUCAGGUUUUCACUCUCAGAAUCACACUUUUUAUAUAUAUAGAAAAACAAAUGUAUGUUCUAAGUCCACGAUAAUGCUUAACCAUAUCAGGGGACCAUUUUUGAGGCCUGGGAAAAUUGUAAUAAAAUAUUUUUGGCAGGUAGUAGUUGCCCAUUAAUUCAGUUGUGCACCUAGCAAGAUACCCUUUAAGCACUACAAAUGCAAAAUACAGUAACUACAUAUUUUUUGACUGUAUGAUCCGUCUUCAAAGUAUUUUCUGUCUAGACAGACAGCAUUCUCUGAUACUCAAUGAUAUCUUCUGAUCAACUGGUUGGUUCUUGUGUCAGGAAACUUAAUUCCACAUUAAUCAGAUAAUAUACUUAGCCAUUAGAAUGGAUCAAAGACUUUUGAACAUAUUCGUAGUUACUGCAUUUAGCCUUUGUAGGGCGGAAUUUGGCUAGUGGUGUUUCUGUACUGUACAAUGUCCUACAUGUGAUGGCAGAGUUUGUAAAACAAAUGCCCUCCCAAUUGAUACAAAUCAUCAUGGUAUCAUUCUACCAGGUAGGCCUACUUUGUAAUCAACAUUUAAUAGGAAAGGAUUUUUGCCAGACAUUUUCAUUCAAACAGCGCAUGAUGACUGAAUUGCACACCAAUUUCGGACCCCACUUUUUCAAUAUCUGGUUUGCAUACACAUUGUUGCCUUAGUUAGCAUUUACUGGUAGAUAUCAAAAGUUGAACCGUCUUUCCUGCCUACCCUACUAACCGAUGUCGUUCUUCUGUGAGCUGCUCCAUGAAACAACCAGUUGAUAGCUGCGCACUCUUGCUGUCUGCUCUGAAACUAGGCUAUAUGUGCAGCUCACAUGUGAAUAUGCACCAUAUUUACAAAAGUAUAUAGACCUCCCUUCAAAUUAGUGGAUUUGGGUAUUUCAGCCACACCCAUUGCUGACUGGUGUAUAAAAUCGAGCACACAUCCACGCAAUCUCCAUAGACAAACAGUGGCAGUUGAAUGGCCUUACUGAAGAGCUCAGUGACUUUCAAUGUGGCAUGGUCAUCGGAUGCUACCUUUCCAACAAGUCAUUUUGUCAAAUGUCUGCCCUGCUCGAGCUAACCUGGUCAUCUGUAAGUGCUGUUAUUGUGAAGUGGAAACAUCUAGGAGCAACAAUGGCUCAGCCACGAAGUGGUCGACCACACAAGCUCACAUAAUGGGACUGCUGAGUGCUGAGUGCUUUGUCGAGAUCAGUGUGGAAGAACUUGACUGGCCUGCACAGAGCCCUGACCUCAUCCCCAUUAAACACCUUUGGGAUGAAUUGGAAUGGCUGUGAGCCAGGCCUAAUCAUCCAAUAUCAGUGCCCAACCUCACUAAUGCUCUUGUGGCUUAAUGGAAGGAGGUCCAGCAGCAAUGUUCCAACAUCUAGUGGAAAGGCUUCCCAGAAGAGUGGAGGCUGCUAUAGCAGCAAAGGGGGAUCAACUCCAUAUUAAUGCUCAUGAUUUUGGAAUGAGAUGUUCAACGAGCAGGUGUCCACAUACUUUUGGUAGUGUAAUGUAUUUCACGUGCCUUGCGUUUGUGUAGGAUACUUUGUGCAUGAUUUCUUUAUUGUACUACAUAAUUGAUCCGAUGUAUACCGCCAUUACACUAGAAGUACACUCAUUAAAAAGUGAGGGUAGAGGCCUCCCGGGUGGCGCAGUGGUCUAAGGCACUGCAUCGCAGUGCUAGCUGUGCCACCAGACAUUCUGGGUUUGAGCCCAGGCUCUGUCACAGCCGGCCGCGACCGGGAGGUCCAUGGGGCGAUGCACAAUUGGCCCAGCGCCGUCCGGAUUAGGAUUGUAUUUCGGAGGAUGCAUGGCUCUUGACCUUUGCCUCUCCCAUGUCCGUACAGGAGUUGCAGCAAUGAGACAGGACUGUAACUACUACCAAUUGGAUACCAUGACAUUUUGGAGAAAAAAGGGGUAAACAAGAAGUGAGGGUAUGCAGUGCCCAUAGGGGAUUAAGAAGUGAGUGUACUUCCACUGACAUUUUUUCGGGUAUACGGCGUAUACCUGGGGAUACCCUCCACUAAGCCACUGUUCAUAUCUCACAAAUACCUCUAUUAGUAUGGGAUUAGUAUUCCCAUCUAGUCUGGUCCCAGAUCUCUUUGUGAUCUUGCGAACUUCAUUUCUGUCCUUGUCAAGCCAAAAUGACAAUGAGUUGGGCAUGAUACCACAAACAGACUGGCACUCGGGCUACUUCUCACCUGGCUAUCUAUCCCUCAUUCUCACCCAAGUCUCCCCAGUCUCUCUCCCAAGUCUCGCCCAGUCUCACACCAGUCUCCCACAUAUCCCACCAUGCCCUAGAAAACACCCUCCAUGCCCCUCGGCUCCAGAACCCUCCAGAUCCUCUAGAACCCUCCAGACCCUCCAGACCACUAGUCCAAACAUUGAACCUUUUUGUGGCCCAAUCUCCUUUCUGCUACCCACCCACCCCCUUUAGACUAUUCUGAUAACUCACUCCCUAGCACCUACCCUACAGUAGCACUUUCUCUAGCCCCUUCCCUUUCUCUAGACCCUACCCUAGCCCCUACCCUACAGUAGCACUAUUUUAUACCUGACCUGAGAGCCCCAAAGAAACCCAGACUUUCCUAUUUUUGAGAUGGUUACUACAGAUUUUUGAUACAGGGGUGGUGGUGUUACUAACCUGCCAUAUAUUGGAGUCAGCGUUUAUCACAGUCACAAGGUGACGGGAUCCUCCAAGACACUAUGAGAUUGUUAGAUCCUAUAAAUAAAACAAUCACAUGUAUAUUUUACAGAUGUCCCCUUAUCAUUAUGACGAUAGCAGAGGGGGUUAGUAAAAAGUAUGGUAAGACUUGCACAGAUUGCGGUAAGGACAAUGCUUUUGGUGCUUUGAAUGAUUUUAUAAUUCUUCAAAAGAAUGCAGACAUUGGAGUAAAGCAAGCUUCAAGAUUUAUUAAUAGUCGAAAGGGAGAGUUUAUGCUUUUGAGAAAAAGGGGUAAGAGAAAAUGCAUGUGUAAAGUUUGAGUUAAAGGUUGUGCCCUUAGCAAGCCGUUUGUGUGUUCAGUAGACACUGAAAUAGACAAGCUACCUGUCUGUCCAGAGUGGAUAUAGAAAGUUAGUUAGCUGCUGAUGACACCUUAUUUGAAUGUUCUGUCAUACGCUCAAACCCAUGACUGAGCAGGAUCAGGUAUUUCCUGAAAACACAGACGUUGCAAAAUUCCAAGGUUUUCCAGAAAACGUGAUUGGAGGAUAUCCACAUGUCCUUUCUAUUCCCUCCCAAUUCCAGGAAUUUUUCAACCAGGAUUUCUAGAAAACCAAGGAAUUUGGGGAAAGUUAUCGGAAUUUUGCAGGCCUACACAGAAACAUUAUGGAAUAUUCAAAUAACAUGUUUCCAUUCCUUGUUAUGUUUCUCAUUUUGUGUAGAAAAGAAUGAAAAAGUUAAUUAAAUGAAAAAAAUAUAAUAAUAGGUUGUUGAUAUCAAAAAUAUCAAAAAGAAGAUGGAUCUAUGAAUUCCUAGAAAGAAGAAGAUAUGGAUUGAUGGAUUGAUGCUGCCACUGACUAUCGUACAGAGCAGCCUGCAUUGGGACCAUAAGCCUACUCCUCAGAAAGAGAUAUAGAGAGAGAAGGAUACUAAAUCUGAGAAAAGAAAGAAAAAGAAGAGAGGCCAGAGAGAGAGAGACUCAUAUUAUGGAAUAAAACUACCCAUUGGGUGGUGAACUCUCUGGUUCUCACUAUGUUUCACUAUCACUAUUGAAAAAUGUCACUUUUUAGUAACGCUUGAUUUUACGGCUCUCUAGUUACCAGGUAUUUACUUAUGUAUUAAAAUAUAUUGUGAGAACAUAUCGGUUCAUUUGGGAAUUGAGUGUAAUAUAGACCAGAGAGUACCUUAUGUUAGAAGAAAUGUCACAUUACAUACCAGAUGACAAUUCCAGUGGUAAAAGGACUGUAAAGGGACAGCAUUCAACUUUAAAACAAAAAAAUGAAUUUGUUAUAAUUUGCUUGAAUUAUACUUUAUGGUACGGUACACCAAGAAUCAAGAAUCAUAUACAGACAUAGCACUUGACUUCAUGAAAAGAUUAAUUUCACUUAGCCAGUUAUGUUUUUAACCCUUUAAAACUUUAAGUAGUUCUGUUACUGAACCACUUUUUAUUGUUUUGCAAAAGUAAAUAAAUUAAAUAUAAAAUUAAAUAUAGUUGACAUUUUUAUAAAGAUAACUAUCUUAAUGGUGCCAUUUAUUUUCAAACCAAAAGAUAUAUGUGAUUUUGUCAUUCACUAUCUAAUGUUGUUUACUCUAUGGAACUUUUAGGCAUUUUUGUUUGCUUCUCUUUCUACAUUUCUAAUACUAACUCAAGUCUAAAAAGGGAGAAGAUAGUAAAACAAGGGACCACACACACACACAACAGCCUUUGUCUCAGUCUCAGAGGGCUAAGUCACCUUUUCUAAGUGCCCUUUCUCCAGGCAGCACUAGCGAUCAUGUGGGGGUCCUCCUUCUCCGGUCCUUGUAUGUGUGUGUGUAUGUGUGUGCGUUUCCUCCCACGUUCCAGCCUGUCUCCUCAGUAGCAGGUCUGAAUAUGUCUGGAGGAGCUCCAGACAGCCCAGCACAACGCCCAGCUCUCCCCAGCCCACACUGCCUCUAAUCAGGCUACACACAGACUAGUCCCCCCAGGCUGGAGCUGCUACCCGGGUCAAGGGGAGGGAGGGAGAGAGAGAGACAGAGAGAGAGAGAGAGAGAGAGAUACAGAGAGUGAGAUAGAGAUAAAUAAAUAAAGAGAGAGAGAGGGAAAGCGAGAGAAAGAAAAAGGGAGAGAUAAAGAGAGAGAGAGAGAGAGAGAGAGAGAGAUAUGAUUCCAACAGACAGAGGCUGCAUUUCUGACACACUAAAACGAACACACACAAAUACACAUACAAUAACAAACACUCAAAUGAGUUGAUAGUUCACACAUUCUCCAAAUACAUUCUUAGACAAUGCUGUACUGUAUUUGUAUGAGAUAUAAAAACCUUCCUCUGUUGAACCGUCUCUCGAACCACUGAACCACCUAGGAGGGGAGGAAGAGACAGAGAGUGACGGAGGAGAGAGCGAUAAAGAGAGGGAGAAAGAGAGAGAAGGGGGAGGGAGAGAGAGAAAGAGUGAGAGUGAGAGAGAGACAGACAGACAGACAGGAUAGAGAAAAGAGAGAUAUAAAUGAAAAAGAGAGGAACAGACAGACAGACAGACAGAGAGCUAGCAAGGGAGAGGGACAAAGGAGAGAGGGAGAACGAGAGGUAGAUAGACAGGAGAUGGGACACAGCCAGAAAGUCUAUCUUCACCUCCUCAAAGGUCACUUAGCGUGACUAAUGAGGGCCUGAUGAGGGACCCAGGACACAGACAGGAGCCAGCUUUGUCCCCUGGUCCCCUUGACACACACAUGCACACAAGCACAUGUGCACGUGCAUACACACAAAGACACACAAACACACUCACAAGGAUGUAUAUCCACACUCACGUAGACACACACACACACACACAGACAUGGCCAAUAUCAAACUAAUUCAGAUCCCCCAUCAGCUUCUGUCAGACUGUCAAGCCUGGCUGAUGUCCUCCACCCUGCUUUCCCAACAAGAUCUCACACUGACAUGGUUUGACUUCAGUAUUCAACGUUUGUUCAGACGGGGAUAAUCAUCCAAUUUUGACAGAUAAGUUUAGGCAUUAAUUCUGAAUGGUUACGAUAAGGGUUGAGGUUUCAGAUAGGGUUAAAACAAACAUAACAAAAAACUCAGGAACUGCAUGUUGCAGAUAUAAUGAAUAGACCAAACACAAUCUCCUGUACCAUUCCAAUCUAUCUGACAGGAGAUCAAAUUUGAUCUACACAAUACAUUUCUAUCUGAACAUUCAGUAUAUUUCCUUUCUCCUGAACAGACCCCAGCUGUAGAUAAUCAAGUCAAACCAAUCAACCAAUGAUAUUUUUACAGAUAAGUAUAAAUAAGUUGUGACACUAAACUACAGUAUGCCUCUUUCAACAUGCCACUGAAAAGGUUGAAAGCUGUAAUACAUUUUAUGAUGCCUGAAAAUACUGCCGAGAAAUUCAAAGAAAUGUGCAAACAUUGCAGGUGUUGGAUGCUCGACAAAAACAACGUAGAACCUCUUUGUCUAUCUGAGUGUUCUUAUUUCAAACACACAGUAAACCAUAUUUAAAGGGAUGGUUUAAUAAGACAAAUGAACAUGAUUUCCCACCCACCUUGGCUGUCAAGCUGGCACUUUUUUAUAUUUAGUUCCCUUAGACACUUAAUGGCUACAUUUGAACCGUUACUGCAUUAUUAAUAACAGUUAUUGUGCCUGUGUAACAACACUGUAAUCACUUUUAGAGCACAAAUGUAUUAGUAUGCUGUUACAUAAUACUUGGGUAAUUAAAUUGCAUAGCAAUGAGCCGAGAGAUUUUGAAACUACUGUGCACAAGAUUAGUGAUUGUACCUUAUUCCACUUGUGUAUUAACUCCCUUAUUUUGCAAAUAUAAACCAAUACCUAAUGUCUUAUUUAAUAACCAUGUUGCUAUUGUAGUAAUCACAAGGUUACUACAUAUAUGGUAUAUUGUAUAUGUAUGUUAUAUCAACUUGAUGUCCAGUGUUAAUGUACCUUACGUUUCACUCAUUAAGAAAAUGUAUUUUAGACAAGCGUUCCAACUCCAAUGUUGAGAUGAGUCCAUGUCCCUCACGAACAAUUGCCUAGAUGUACCUAAAUGCCUGAUUGAUUUACAUUUGUAUCCCUUUCCGUUAUUUAGAUAAAUGUGAAUGUUUGCCAUG